CCAAGUACGAUUUGAUAGGCACCCGCCGUGUUGACAACCAGAGCAAGCACGCCCUCCUCCGCAAGAUUCUGCCCCAGGACGCUGAAUGGCAGCUAUUCCAACUAAUAGAUGGGCCCAUCUCCCAGGGCGGUCCAAGAUGAGCUAGGAGGUAGCCCAAUGAGCGGCCUCGGAGGCGAAGGGCCGCCGACUAGGCGGGCCCUAGACGUGGCCCGGGGAACCGAGCUGACUGUCAAAGCAGUCUGGGUGUCGGCGCGGCCGCCAAGUGCUUCUCCCCCCGGCCCGGGGCUCGUCUGAAGAAGCGGGAAGAGGUUCACGACGACGGCGGCGGCGUCUCCAUGUCCACGCGGGCGGGGUGCUGCUGAUGGAGCGCGGGACGCGCUGGAGUCCGCUGGCGCCGGCUCUGCUGCUGCUGCCGCUGCUCGCACUUGCGGCGGGGAUGGCGGCUGCCUUGGGCCCGGCUCCGGAGCUCGCCGCGGCGGAGCAAGCGAACGCCUUUGGCCUUGGUGCUUCGGCCGCCCCGACCUCGGCCAGUGCUGCGGUGCCCUCGGCGGCUACCGCCGAGGUGACUGUGGAGGACGCCGAGGCGCUUCCGGCGGCCGCGGGUGAUCAGGAGCCGCGGGAGCUCGACCCGGACGACGAGCCGGAACUGCGACCAAACAGCAGGUCGUUGGUGAUUAUCAGCACCCUGGAUGGCCGAAUCGCUGCCUUGGACCCUGACAAUCGUGGGAGGAAGCAGUGGGAUCUGGAUGUGGGCUCGGGCUCCCUCGUGUCCUCCAGCCUCAGCAAACCUGAGGUGUUUGGGAAUAAGAUGAUCAUCCCUUCCUUGGACGGAGACCUCUUCCAGUGGGACCGAGACCGGGAAAGCAUGGAAGCCGUCCCGUUCACGGUGGAGUCGCUGCUCGAGUCCUCCUAUAAAUUUGGAGACGACGUCGUCUUGGUCGGGGGGAAGUCUCUGACCACGUACGGGCUCAGCGCGCACAGCGGCAAGGUGAAGUACAUUUGCUCGGCCAUGGGCUGUCGCCGGUGGGAGGACGACGACUUGGAGCAAGAAGACAUUCUCCUUCUGCACCGAACCCAGAAAACAGUGCGGGCCGUGGGGCCCCGGAGCGGUCAUGAGAAGUGGAACUUCAGCGUGGGCCACUUUGAGCUGCGCUACGUCCCCGAGAUGGACACCAGAGCCGGCUUCCUCGAGAGCACUUUGAAGCCGAGCGUUAAAAAGGGAGAGUCCCGAAUCAUCUGGGACGUGGAGGAGCAGGAGGCCGCCCUGCGGGACACCAUCAUCAAGGUGUCCGUGGCCGACUGGAAGGUGCUGGCCUUCAGUAAGAAGGGGGGACAGCUGGAGUGGGAGUACCAGUUCUGCACCCCCAUCGCCUCGGCCUGGCUCGUCAAGGAUGGCAAAGUCAUUCCCAUCAGCCUCUUCGACGACACCAGCUACGCGUCUGAAAGCGAAAUUCUGGAAGACGAAGAAGACAUCGUGGAAGCGGCCCGGGGGGCCACGGAGAACAGCGUCUAUCUCGGGAUGUACCGAGGUCAGCUGUACUUGCAGUCAUCCGUCAGGAUUUCUGAAAAGUUUCCUACAAACCCAAAAGCUUUGGAAUCUGUCAAUAAUGAAAAUGCAAUUAUUCCUUUGCCCACGAUCAAAUGGAAGCCCUUAAUUCACUCCCCCUCUAGGACCCCUGUGCUGGUGGGCUCGGAUGAGUUUGACAAAUGUCUCAGUAAUGACAAGUUUUCUCAUGAAGAAUACAGCAACGGUGCGCUUUCCAUUCUACAAUAUCCCUACGAUAAUGGCUAUUAUUUACCAUACUACAAGAGAGAGAGGAAUAAACGGAGCACACAGAUCACUGUAAGGUUUUUUGACAAUAUGAAUUACAACAAAAAUAUCCGCAAAAAGGACCCUGUCCUCCUCCUGCACUGGUGGAAAGAAAUAGUCGCCACCAUCUUGUUCUGCAUCAUAGCAACAACUUUUAUUGUGCGCAGACUGUUCCACCCUAAUCCUCAUCGACAAAGGAAGGAAUCUGAAACUCAGUGUCAGACUGACAGUAAGUAUGACUCCAUAAGUGGCGAAGGUAGCGACAGCAGCUGGUCCGAUUCCAAGUCCUCUGGAUACACAUCAAGAUACCUAACAGAUUUUGAACCCAUCCAGUGUAUGGGUCGUGGAGGAUUCGGCGUGGUCUUUGAAGCUAGAAACAAAGUUGACGAUUGCAAUUAUGCCAUCAAGAGAAUCCGUCUCCCCAAUAGGGAAUUGGCCCGUGAGAAGGUGAUGCGAGAAGUUAAGGCUUUAGCCAAACUUGAGCAUCCAGGAAUUGUGAGAUAUUUCAAUGCCUGGUUGGAAGCACCACCGGAAAAAUGGCAGGAGAAGAUGGAUGAACUUUGGCUGAAAGAUGAAAGCACCGACUGGCCUCUCAGCUCUCCAAGCCUGAUGGAAGCGCCCUCGGUCAAAAUCCGCAGAAUGGAUCCAUUCUCCACAAAGGAGCACAUCGAGAUCAUAGCUCCGUCGCCGCAGAGAAGGAAGUCCUUCUCCGUAGGGAUCUCUUACGGCCAGGAGAGCUCCGAAAGUCGCUUCUCUCCCCUGGAGUUCUCCGUAACCAGUAACGGGGACGUGAGCAGCUCGGCCGACCCGGCGGUGAACCUGAGGGACAGCUGCCUCACGGACUGCGGCGUGGGAGAUGACACGAUGGACGGCAACGACGAGGGCCACUCCUUUGAGCUCUGUCCCUCGGAGGGCCUUCCUUACAGGCGGUCUAAGGACAGAACGUCGUCUUCCAUUGUUUUUGAAGACUCUGGCUGCGACAACACCGCCAGUAAGGAGCUCCGGCCGGUGGCCUUGCGCAAUGGCAGCCAGUGCGCGGCCCAGAAGCUCGCCCAGAUCCAGCAGUCGGACUGGAAAUUCUCUUCCGCAAGCCCUUUGUCCGUGUCUCCUCCGAGACCGACAACCUUAAGUCUGGACCUCACCAAAAACGCUGCGGAAAAGCUCCAGCCCAGUUCCCCAAAGGUGUAUCUUUAUAUCCAAAUGCAGCUGUGCAGAAAAGAGAACCUCAAGGACUGGAUGAACCGCAGGUGCGCCCUGGAGGACCGGGAGCGAGCCGUGUGUCUGCACAUCUUCCUGCAGAUCGCCGAGGCCGUGGAGUUCCUGCAUAGCAAGGGGCUCAUGCACAGAGACCUCAAGCCUUCCAAUAUAUUCUUUACGAUGGACGACGUGGUGAAGGUCGGGGACUUUGGGCUGGUGACCGCCAUGGACCAAGAUGAGGAGGAGCAGACGGUUCUGACCCCGAUGCCCGCUUACCCCAGGCACACGGGCCAAGUGGGGACCAAGCUCUACAUGAGCCCCGAGCAGAUUCACGGCAAUACGUAUUCCCAUAAAGUGGACAUCUUCUCUCUGGGCCUCAUCCUCUUUGAACUGCUCUACCCGUUCAGCACUCAGAUGGAGAGGGUCAAGACGUUAAGCGACGUGAGGGAUCUCAAAUUUCCACCACUGUUUGCUCAGAAAUAUCCUCAAGAAUACAUGAUGGUGCGACACAUGCUCUCUCCCUCUCCCACGGAGCGGCCUGAGGCCACGGACAUCAUUGAAAACCCUGUAUUUGAAGACUUGGAGCUCCCGGGGAAAACCGUGCUCAGGCAGAGGUCUCGCUCCCUCAGCUCCUCCGGCAUGAAGCAUUGCAGGCAGCCCAGCAAGUAGCCUUCGGUGGGGGUCCCCUCCCACCCCGGGCGUCCCACCUGCUUCCGAGCCCCGAAAGGGGUGUUCUCGGGCCCUGAAAGGCCGCCGUUCUGGCCAAGGCCGGUUUCAGGGCUUCUCAGGGGAGCGCCGGGGAGGAUGCCGAGCAGCCCGACCUGUCCGCUGUAGUCCGCACACGGGCCGGCCGCUCUUCCCGCCGGCGUCCUCUGUCCUUCCACGUGCUGGGAUCUCCCGGGGCGGCCGUGCCCACCUGUACAUAGAGUCAAGAUGUUUUGAUAGCACAGAUGAAGGUCUCCACGCGGUGAUUUGAGGCGCUCGCUGUCCCGGGGGCCGGCUGGCGGGUAGCACAAGGGAGGGAAGCCCCGGCCACAGCGGCUUCCUAGGGGUAUCUGUGGUGUUCGCCUUCCCGGCCUUCAGCGGUCGGAAGGGCAGGUUCGCUGGGUUCUGUUCUCGUCCCACGGUAGGAGGAAGGGAGGCUCCAGGCGCCCCGAGCUUCCUGCCUCCCUGACAGCUCAUUCUUAGAAUUAUGAACAGUCUUCGACCUAAUGAAAUUAUAUGUCUUAACAUACUCUUGUAGGUUGGUACUUCCUGAAACCAGUCUGUAGACUACUGCUUCGUCAGCUAACUUAUCUGCCUAAUAGGGUCUCCUUUUCCACUGUAAAUAUGUUCAUUUUUAUUUAUAAAAAUGCAGAAUCAAUCCAUUUGGGUUGGUGGUGUACAGAACACACAGGAAGUGUGUUAACUAUUGUGACUUCUUUCAAGUCUAAAUGAUUUAAUAAAACUUUUUUUUUAUUAUG